CCAUGCUUGACAAGCCAUGUUGACGUCCAAGGUUAUCUGUUGAAUGCCAAUAUACAUAGCACUCCUUUACAAGGUCACAAUAUACUUCACAUCUCUGUUUAUAUCUAAGCACAAUUCACCGACACUCGUUUGUAUAGUUUUUCUUCGUAAGGUUUGCCGUCCUUCUCCGUUAAAGGUUUAUUCUUCGAGAAGUCUUUUUCAUAAGACAGGUACCUACCAAGGGAGCCAAGGGGAGUGAUGGAUGAGGUCCCAGAUUUCUCGUCCCCCUGGCACUUUAGUGAUGUAGUGUUGGUCAUAGAAGGGACUAAAUUCCAUGUCCACCGUAGCACCCUCUCCAUAUGGUCUCCAGUGUUUGAGCGCAUGUUUACAUCCGGGUUCACUGAGAAGACGGCCGAGGAGAUUCCGUUACCAGGGAAACGCGCUGCGGAGAUCGAGGUGCUCCUAAGGGUGAUGUACACAUUUGGCAAGGCGCAGCCAAUCACGGAGGGCAACUACACGUUCCUGCUGGAGCUUGCCGAGGAAUAUCAGAUGGAUCGAGUUAAGGAGCUGUGUGCCGAGUUCCUGAACUACAACCUGCAAGAAUCCAACUGCCUCAAGUUCUACAGGGUAGCAGAGCACUUCAAACUUAAGGAAGUUAUGGCGAGGAGCCUGGAGGAAUCCCGUUACCAGUCCCUCGCGAACCUCCAAGACUGCGAAGAUUUUGAGAAGCUUGGACCCGAGAUCCAGUUGAAAGUAUACGGCGAAAAGAUCAAAGAACUGGAGCGAACACUGCAAGAGUACGCCAAGACGUGCUCAGCACUCAUCGAUAACAUCUACCGCACAGUGGCCGCGCGCGUACAGGAGUCUGGAACGGACUGUGAUAACAUCGAGGUGCACCGAACAGGGGUACGCGAACCAUUCAAGAUGAGCUGCAAGUGCUGUAGGCGGAGGGUACAGAACACCGACUGCAAGUUAGAGUACAGCGCAUUCCGGGGCUUGCUCAAGAAACUCUUCGACCUGGAGCACUAUAAUAGGACCGCAAGAAGAGCCAAAAAUUCGGGAGAUUAGGAGUAUAUUAGUUUGCUGCGUAGCUUGCGAGUUAAGAACUUAAGAGAUAAGGGGAGAGAUUACAGAGUUUGUUACGAGCCCCACCAGUAUAUGAUGGGAACUCGGGGGAUAUAUUUGGUAGUAGCCAUCUGUAAAUAUAUUUUAUUAUGUGCGCCCUUGUAA